AUGUCUUCCGAUCCCACAGAGGCAAAGGAGCGUCGUCGCGAGCAAAAUCGUCUUGCACAACGCAGGUUUCGGCGUAAAUAUAGCCAGCAAAAGGCUAUAGUGCCACAGUUUCAACAUAUCCACAGUCUAAGCUCUGGCUAUGAGAGUCAGGGAACACAGCCCGGAGAUGCAGUAUUGCCCGAUACUCCAGGCUUGGUAAGCAUUAAUCCCGUGGGAGGCCCUCCUGAUGGCCAUCAUCGGAGCCUUUAUGAAGUAAAUGCGGAUCUAUUUCUGGACGGUGGCGAGUUCAGUAGCAUGAACAAUCUUCCCGCGUCGGACCUGGAUAUGAUUCCUGCAAUAAACGGUUUGCAGCCCACACCAGCCCCGUCUGAACCAGCGAUGGAGAUUAGCAACCCCUUUCCAUGA